CAAUCCUUCAUAGCUCGUCUGCUUCGCAUUCUCCUCCUCCUCCUCGAUUCCGAUUUUGUGUCGCGCUGCUGCUGCUCGCAUUGCUGCACAGCUGAUUCCGACCUUAUCCCCCCCACCUCAUUCGGCCACAAAUUACUUGCUGCAUUGGGGGCGGAGGACAACGUGGACGCGUUGGGUUUUACACAUUCCGCCUUGCGGCGUAGUUUGGGACCAGCCUGAGGGAGAUGGCGAACGCGGCGCUGGUGAAGCCCAACGUGACGACUGCUGUGUCGUGCGGAGCUGCGAAUGUGCAUCAUCAGCUGCAGAGCAACAGCAGUAGCAGCAGUUGCAGCUUCUUGCCCCCUCUGCCUUCGAGGAGGGGUUCUGUUAGCAAGAGACUAGUGGCACGGGCAGCUAUCAACUCGACUGGGUUCUGGACGCCUGAAGCUGCAGUUCCCAAUUAUGACAUUUGGUCUAUCAGGAAUGAUCUAGAAGUGCCUACUUCAGGGUUUUUGGGCGAAGGUGCUAGAGCCCAGGGAGGGCAGGGACCCCCUCCCAUGCUUGCCGAAAGGUUUCAGAGCGUGAUUACUCAGCUGUUUCAGCAGAGAAUUAUCCGGUGUGGAGGCGCUGUGGACGAUGACAUGGCUAACUUGAUCGUCGCCCAAUUAUUGUACCUUGAUGCUGCUGAUCCAAACAGAGACAUUGUAAUGUACGUGAAUUCACCUGGAGGUUCUGUUACUGCAGGAAUGGCAAUCUUCGACACUAUGAGGCACAUCAGACCAGACGUGAGCACAGUUUGUGUCGGGCUUGCUGCUAGUAUGGGAGCUUUCCUUCUUAGCGGGGGUACGAAAGGUAAAAGGUACAGUCUACCGAAUUCACGAAUCAUGAUUCACCAGCCUUUGGGAGGUGCUCAAGGGCAACAGACUGACAUUGAAAUUCAGGCUAACGAGAUUCUACACCACAAGGCCAACUUGAACGGUUACCUAGCAUACCACACCGGACAGCCUUAUGAGAAGAUCGUCCAAGAUACAGACCGCGAUUUUUUCAUGAGUGCUAAGGAAGCUAAGGAAUAUGGUCUGAUUGAUGCUGUCAUUUCCAAUCCCCUAAAAGCCCUCAGGUCUCCACCUGCCGCUAAUGGUUCAGCAGACCCAACCCCUACUCUUGCCUAAGCACAUCUGAGGAUAGUCGUGAUAGAAAGCAGGGAAGCAAAUGUAGGCGAAAUCGUUCGGAAGUGGAUUCCCUAUGUACUGACAACAAAUCAUAAGUUGAGUAUUUUAUCUUUUUUUAUCUUU